AAAAAAAAAAAAAAAAAACUUGUAUUUAAUUUGUUUAAACAAAAAAGCAUGUCCGACGAGUACGCGUGUGUGGCCAAGGGCAAGCUAAAGCUAAAGAGCGACACAGAACUGAAGAAGAAAAAGAAGAAGCACAAGGGCAAGGACAAGGAGAGGGAACGCGAGGCGCUGCAAAAGUCAUAUGUGGAGCAGCAGCUGCUGGAGACGCCGAGCAGCAGCAGCACAUCCUCAUCGGCAGCAGUGGGCAGUGGAUACGAACGGAAGCUAACCAAAGCGGAGCUGGCCAGCAAGAAGCAGCAGGAGAAGAUGCGCAACAAACGGAUAAUGGACAAGGCACAGACGACGCACAAGGAGCGGGUGGAGAAGUUCAACGAACAUUUGGACUCCCUCACCGAGCACUUUGACAUACCAAAAGUGUCCUGGACAAAAUAAAACGACACACAGAAUGCUUUUUGUGUUAUUGUAACUUAAUUGUAAGGUUUAUUAUUAUGUAUUAUUAUUAGGUUUACCAAUAGAAAGCGUUAAGUAAUUUCCUUUA